GAGUGGCACGCUGGGAGGAAGAGCUCGCAAAAGGAUGGAGCCCCGUCUCUCCUGGAGGGAACAAAGGGGCGGCGGGGAAAGGUCGUCCUCUCCUGGGAGCGGAAGCGGGAGACUUUGAAUGGAUCAUCCUUAAAUUGAGAUGUUGAAGGGAUGCUGGCAGAAGGGGAACAAUCCGAAGUGUCACCGAAAGGAUCCAAAGAGCAGGUGGAGCAAAGGAAGCUGAGGGUUCAAGAUGGAGGCAGCUGGCAAGAGGGGAGAUGAAAGCAGAAGCCAGAGGGUAAAUCAGGUUCUGGUGUCUUUUGAGGAGGUGGCAGUAUAUUUCACCCAGGAAGAGUGGGCGCUCCUGGGUCCAGCUCAGAAGGCUCUCUACAGGGAAGUCCUGCUGGAGAAUUAUGAGGAAUUGGCUUCUCUGGAAGGGCCUCUGUUUCCUCAACCUCCCCUCAUCUCCUGGUUGGAAGAGGAGGAAGAGGAGUUCGUCCAGAAGAAAGAAGCAGGUAGUCGAAAAUGCCGCAGGUCCUCUCCUCUUUGGGAUGAAGUGGAAGGAAUGGCCAUCCCUUCAGCUCAGAGUUUGGUGUCCUUUGAGGAGGUGGCUGUGUACUUCACCAGAAUCGAGUGGGCUUUGCUGAAUUCAGGCCAACAAGAACUCUACAAAGAUGUCAUGCUGGAUAAUUACAGGAACUUGGCCUCUCUGGAAGGGCCACUGAUGCCCCAUUCGGACCUCAUCUCCUGGCUUGAAGAAAAGGAAGAGUGGUUGGGCCAGAAAAGAGAGGCAGAUGGGCUUCUGAUGCUCCAAUCAGACCUCAUCUCCUGGCCUGAAGAAAAGGAAGAACUGCUGGUCCAGAAGGAAGUGGCAGAAGGGCCUCUGGUGUCCCAAUUAGACCUCACCUGGUUUGAAGAAAAAGAAGAGUUGUUGGUUCAGAAGAAAAGGACAGGUGAUGGACAGGACAAUGAGAAUUACCAGGCGCCAUAUAUAGCGUUGGCAGAAACAACCACACGUGAUACGGGGAAAGAAAUGUUUGGAAAUCAAAGAGAAAGGCACAAGGCAAACCGAUCAAAGCCUAGGCAGAAGAGGCAAUCUGCUUCCCAGAGGGCUGAGGUCCAUGAACUCCUGAUCCCUCCAGAAGACUGUAAAGAUAAUAAGAAUAUUACGUGUCCAGUGUGUGAGAAAAUAUUCCAGUAUAGAUCACAGUUAAAUACACAUAGCAGAAGUCACACAGGGGAGAAAACCGUACAAAUGCACAGAGUGUGGGAAGCGCUUCAGUACAAGCAGUUCCCUUACUGCACAUGGAAGAACCCACACAGGAGAGAAACCGUAUAAAUGCAUGGAGUGCGGAAAGAGCUUCAGCCAAAGAGGAAGUCUUAUUGCCCAUCAAAGAACCCAUACAGGGGAGAAGCCAUAUAAAUGCAUGGAGUGUGGAAAGAGUUUCAGUCAACUUGGACAUCUUAUUUCCCAUCAGAUAAUCCAUAAAGGGGAGAAACACUGUAACUCCGGACAGGUGGACUGUGGAAAGGGCCUCCAUGAUAGCAUAACCUUUACUGAACAUCAGAGAACCCGCACAGGGGAGAAGCAGUAUAAAUGUCUGGAGUGUGGGAAAAGCUUUGAUAUGAGAGGAACCCUUGCCAAACAUCAAAGAAUCCACACAGGGGAGAAACCAUAUAAAUGCAUGGAGUGCGGAAAGAGCUUCCGGGCUAGCUGGACCCUUUGUAUACAUAAGCGAAUCCACACAGGGGAGAAACCAUAUAAAUGCUUGAACUGCGGAAAGAGCUUCCGGGAUGGCGGAACCCUUGCCAAACAUCAAAGGAUCCACAAAGCGGAGG